AUUUGGUGUCCCACACUUGUGUGUCUCUGACAGGUCUGUCUUUGUUGUUUAUUUAGCACAAAACUCUCAGUCCAAUGGCACUGCAGACUUUAGGUCGGUACCAGUAUUGAUCGCGGUGUGUUAACGCGGAGACAGGGAUUUUGCUGCUUUCUGGUUAGCACAGACACGCAAACCAUGUUUUCUGCGGCGAUAGAGAGGAGUUUGCUCCACGUCACCCUGAGCUUAGUGCUCGUAAGCGAUGUUGUUGUCACGACGGUGGCACGUAGCGACGACCCCGGCGUCCGUGAGGUCCGCUCAGUGGGAGCACAGGGGGUUCCGAGGUCGGUGGAAUGUGUAUUAUCUGAUUGGAGCUCAUGGUCGCGCUGUGACACCUGUCAGAAGAAGAGAUUUCGCUACGCUAGGCUGGAGCAACCGUCUCAAUUUGGAGGAGAGGCCUGCAGUCUUCAUGACAGAGAAGAAGAAGCCUGUGACGUUCCAGCUCGGUACAACUGCGACAGUGUUCCUCUGUGUGAGGGCUUCCUCUGCACACAAACGGGUCGAUGUGUUCACAGAACUCUGAAGUGCAACGGAGAGGACGACUGCGGCGACAUGUCCGAUGAAAUCGGCUGUAAGGAUGUGCCCAAGCCUUGCAGGCAGGAGGCAGAGGAGUAUUGGGGUAUCGAAAAUCUUGCCAAAGGGAUCAACGUUUUGAACAGCAACCUGGAGGGAACGGUCCUUGAUAACAGAUACUACGGUGGCAGCUGUCUGCCGCACUACAUCCAGGACAUGAGAUUCAGGAAGCCUUACAACUUGCAACAGUACACAAUGCAGACGAGGGGCUCAUAUGAUUUUAACCUUCAAGCAUUCGAGACCUACUCUGACUACAUGGACUUCACCUUGAAAGAACGUUCCACCCAAACCAGCGUUUCUUUUGGUUUCGCCAUCCCCGGUGUCUUCGAAUUUGGCUUCAACUUCCAAAAUUCCAAAUAUUCCAAAUCUGUUCAGAAAAUUAGACGAGCCUCGGGCAAGACGAACAGCUUUGUCAGAGCCAAAGCAGAACUGGAGUUGGCUCAGUAUAUCAUAAAAGCAGACGAUUUGGUGCUUCACCCAGAGUUCCUGCAGCGCCUGCGUUCCCUGCCUCAGGCCUAUGUAUACGGGGAGUACAGGCAGAUUUACAGGGACUACGGCACGCACUAUAUCACGGAGGCUACGCUGGGAGGUCAAUACGAGCACACGAUCAUUCUGAACAAGGAGAAACUGGAGACGACAGAUUAUUCUCUGAACGAUUACAAGUCCUGCACACAAGUAGGCCUCAGAGCUGGGGCCAACAUCUACGGUGUCUACGUGUCCGGCGGGGUUGAAGGCGGAAGCUGUAACGGUCUGUUGAACGAAAUGGGAGAGGACACAAAGAAUGGCAGUAUGGUGGAGGACUUUGUGGCUGUGGUGCGAGGUGGCAGCAGCGAGUCCAUCACCGCGCUAGUGUCCAAAAAACUCCCCACCCCACAGCUGAUGAAACUUUGGGGGGAAGGUGUGCGUUAUAACCCUGACUUCAUUCGUUCAACUACUCGGCCGCUGUACGAGCUGGUCAACUCCAGAGACUUCACUCAUCAUUCCCAGCUGAAAAGAAACCUGAAGAGAGCGCUGUCAGAGUACCUGACUGAAUCUAGUUCAUGCAGAUGCGCACCGUGCCAAAACAACGGAAUCGCUGUUUUGAAAGGUAAAAGGUGUGACUGUGUGUGUCCCGUUGGUUACACUGGACUGGGCUGUGAGAUCACCCAAAGAAGAAAAGAAAUUGCCAUUGAUGGCAGUUGGAGCUGCUGGGGUGCCUGGAGCGGCUGCAGUGGUACAAGGAAGUCCAGAAGUCGGCAAUGUAACAACCCAGCACCGAGCAACGGCGGAAUGGCGUGUCGAGGACUGCAGGAAGAGUCGACCGAGUGCUUUUAGUAUCGGUUCUUAUGUCAGUGCUGACAUUUGGUGAUUUGUUCAGUAAACACCCUUGAAUUGUC